UUAAUACCAGGGUCAGGCUCAGUAGAAAUGUAGUUUACAUCCCAACAGUACAAAAUAUUAUUUAAAAAAAAGUUCAAGGCGCACAGAGUGUGUGUGUGUGUGAGAGAGCACUGUCAGACCACAGGUGCAUGGUUUGCAGUUUUGAUCCUGUGAUUAAGAGGUGCUACAUGAGCAUUCUGUCGUCACAGAUCUGAUCCUCCAUCUGUGUUCUGAGUCACACAAACACACACGCACACAUUCAACACACAAACACACACUCACAAAUACAGAAAUACGUAACAUACAAACUGAAAAAUGUCUUCAUUUUUACCUUAAAUUACUGUGACAUUUUUACCCUCAGUUAAGUGUCUUAAAUACUUCCACCGCUGCUGCACAGCUAGACGAAUCCCCAACCUUUCUCCAAACACGCACACACAAACGUAUACACACACGGCACACAGUCUGCAAAUUUAUUUCUCUUGGGGACAGGCGAGAAUAAGAGAGAUAGAGGUGAGAACAGUUCAAAUAAAGAUAGAAAAAGCGAGAAAUUAGAAUCGAGAGGGAAGUGAGAGAGAACAGGAGGGAGGAGAGAGAGAGAGAGAGAGAGGGUAAGAUUUCUCCAGAGAGAGAGAGACGGAGAGAGAGACGGAGAGAGAGACGGAGAGAGAAAUAGAAAGGUAGGGAGACACAGAGAGGCUGAAGUGUCAGUCGGGAGCAGAAAGCGUCCUCUCAGUUGAUGCAGCAUGUUUGCACCGCACAAACUGGGCCGAAGUCGAGAACACUACAGAACCCACAAUGCACUGGGACAACCAGCGGCCAGCACCUGGGAACUGCAGGAUGACAUGCAGUUCAAGGAGAUCAACAUCACUCACCAUGUGAAGGAGGGAUCAGAGAAGGCCGACCCUCGUCAGUUCGAGUUGAGAAAAGUUCUGGGACAAGGCUCCUUCGGCAAGGUGUUUUUGGUGAGAAAGGUCACGGGGCCAGAUGCUGGUCAGCUGUACGCCAUGAAGGUCCUGAAAAAAGCCACAUUAAAAGUUCGUGACCGGGUCAGGACAAAGAUGGAGAGAGACAUCCUGGUGGAGGUCAACCAUCCCUUUAUCGUCAAAAUGCACUAUGCCUUUCAGACUGAGGGGAAGCUGUACUUGAUCUUGGAUUUUCUUCGAGGAGGAGAUCUCUUCACUCGUCUGUCAAAGGAGGUGAUGUUCACAGAGGAGGACGUAAAGUUUUACUUGGCUGAACUCGCCCUGGCGCUCGACCACCUUCACGGCCUUGGCAUCAUUUACAGAGACCUCAAACCGGAGAACAUCCUGCUGGAUGAAGAAGGACACAUCAAGUUAACUGACUUUGGCCUCAGCAAGGAGUCGAUAGACCACGAGAACAAAGCCUACUCCUUCUGUGGUACUGUAGAGUACAUGGCUCCAGAGGUGGUGAACAGGCGAGGACACACACACAGCGCUGACUGGUGGUCAUAUGGCGUACUCAUGUUUGAGAUGCUGACGGGAACGCUGCCAUUUCAAGGCAAAGACCGGAAGGAGACGAUGACCAUGAUCCUCAAGGCCAAACUGGGAAUGCCUCAGUUCCUCAGCUCCGAAGCUCAGAGUCUCCUCAGGAACCUCUUCAAACGCAACCCCGCCAACAGAUUAGGAGCUGGACCAGACGGAGUAGAAGAGAUUAAGAGACAUUCCUUCUUCAGCACCAUUGACUGGAAUAAACUCUUUCGGAGAGAAAUUCACCCUCCUUUUAAACCAGCCGCUGGUCGACCAGAUGACACAUUCCACUUUGACCCUGAGUUCACUGCAAAAACACCCAGAGACUCUCCAGGUGUUCCUCCCAGUGCUAAUGCCCAUCAGCUCUUCAGAGGAUUCAGCUUUGUGGCGAUCACAGAGGAGGAAACACAACCAUUGCCCAACACAAUAGUUCAGCAACUUCACCGCAGUACGUCGCUGUUCUCAGACGUCUACGACAUCAAAGAGGACAUUGGCGUCGGCUCCUACUCCAUCUGUAAACGCUGCGUACACAAAGGCACCGGAAUGGAGUACGCUGUCAAGAUUAUCAGCAAAUCAAAGCGAGACCCAACAGAAGAGGUGGAGAUCCUGCUGAGAUACGGACAACAUCCCAACAUCAUCACACUGAAGGACGUUUACGAUGACGGCCGCUCCGUCUACCUGGUGAUGGAGCUGAUGAAAGGUGGAGAGCUGCUGGACAAAAUCCUGCGACAGAAGUUCUUCUCUGAGCGAGAAGCCAGUGCUGUUCUCUACACCAUCACCAAGACGGUGGAGUACCUGCACGUACAGGGGGUGGUGCACAGAGACCUGAAGCCCAGUAACAUCCUCUAUGUGGACGAGAGCGGGAACGCCGAGUCCAUCAGGAUCUGUGACUUUGGUUUUGCCAAACAGCUGCGAGCGGAGAACGGCCUGCUCAUGACGCCCUGCUACACUGCAAACUUUGUUGCACCAGAGGUAUUAAAAAAGCAAGGUUAUGACGCAGCCUGUGACAUCUGGAGCCUGGGAGUUCUGCUCUACACCAUGUUAACAGGCUUCACUCCCUUUGCUAAUGGACCAGAGGACACACCAGAGGAGAUUCUGGCUCGUAUCGGCAGCGGGAAGUUCUCACUCACUGGGGGAUACUGGACAUCUGUCUCCACGGAGGCUAAGGAUUUGGUGUCUCGGAUGCUGCAUGUGGACCCACACCAGCGGCUGACAGCAGGUCAAGUCCUCAGACAUCCGUGGGUGACACACAGAGACCAGCUGCCUAAGUACACGCUCAACAGGCACGACGCACCACAUCUGGUUAAGGGUGCGAUGGCUGCCACCUACUCUGCCCUCAACAGGAACGUCCCUCCAGUCCUAGACCCUGUGGGCUGUUCCACUUUGGCACAACGGAGGGGGAUGAAGAAGAUCACCUCUACUGCUCUGUGAACUUUAACCCCCCCCACACCCUCACCCCUCCCCUCCUAUCAACUCAGACCUCGAUCUGACCUCUGCUGGACCCUCUACCCUCCUCUCCCGUCCACUCUGGGAUGGUCCGGCAGGACAGACUACUGAUGAAGCCAGGAACUGCUAACGCCAAAAUAUGAGCAAAGAGUUGGCCACUGAUGCCUGGCCCUGCCCCCCCCUCCACUUCUUGUCCCUCCCCUGCACCUUAGCAGACUCCUCUGAUUGGCUUAUAUCGCUGUCUUAAAGUAGAGUCUUACUCUGGUUUGGCGUCACCAAUCGUCAGUUCUGCAGUGUCUUUUCUUCUCUGCUGUCGAGGCUCAGUCUUCCAGCAGAAGUUUUGCUUCGGACAAUCAAAACUGCCUCAUUAAAAUUCCCAGAGCAGCAUCAGGAAAAUGAAAGAACUGUGUUUACUCGCUUCAAAACCAAUGGAAAGAUCUGCUGAACACACACACACACACACACACACUGAGCUAACGUAUGUAUUUAAAAGGAAACUAUUGUUUUUGUUAUUCAAACCUCGCAUUUUUUGUGUGGGGAUGGGCAUUUAAAAAAUCGGAAACAAACGUAGCUGGAAAUUAUUUCACAAAUAUUGUGGUUUUUCUCAUUGCUGCCCAAUGACGAUUAGGAAUUUAUUCUGUGUCCUCCCCAGACCAGCUGUUAGCCAAAGGGCCGAGGCCUCAGGUCUCACAAAAGCUAUGACAAUCUGUGCAACAUGUCCAUAAUAACCCACAUCAAAGGAUGUAGAAAAAAAGCACACAGGAGUUGUUGUUCCACGACUGAGUUGAAGUGUGAUGUGUUGAAUAUUGAUUUGUUUUAAGUCCUCGGUUUAUGUCUUUUCACCUCAAUGACAUAAACCAAUCAUACAAGGUAGCAGUUGACCUGCUGACCUUUUGUCCAGACAUGAUAAAUGUGUAAGAGCGGAUGGAUUUAAGGUGGAAAAACCUCCUCAGAUGUUGUAGACCUGGAGUGGAAUACAUUCUAGUUGGAUAUUUGUUGGCAGUUGUAUGUAAGUACAGCUUGAAAACAAACAAGAGUUGAUGCUCCCUCUCCACCGGGUUUAAACGUUACACAGCACAGUAGUUAUGGCCCUUGUUUUCAGGUCAUUGUGAAGCUCGAGUCAUCCCUCAAAUCAGACAGAAGUGAUCAAUAAAUAGAUUCCUAUCAUAGCCUUGUAUACUGAGACAGUACUAUGGUCUGCUUUCUUUGGUUGACCAUUUUAUUUUCGUAUAAUUUCAGUUUUCAUUCUCUCUCAACAGUCUGAAGAAUCAGCUUUUUGUGCCUCGGUUCCGGGACGUAUGUGAUUUUCUUAAGUGUAGAGGACGAGCGUUUUUAACAGAGCUGAGCUGCCGCUUAACUUACACUGCCUCUGUGUGGAGGAAAUAAGAACUGCAUUACUUAUUACUCUGAUUACAGCUGUUGUCACAUUAACUGUCAGUCCAUGAGCCAUGCUUAUCCCUACUGUGUUAAUAGACUUCCUUUUUUACGCCUGACUGGCCUUAAGGGUGACGUCAUAAAUGUUUGCGGUUAGUGGCAGGAGACAGUUAGUCAGCGAUUAGCAGACUAGCUCACACUUUAAAAAAAGAUUUAUGCUACUUCCAUAUUGUACUGUAGAGUCUGGUCUUAACUCAACAUUUGUAAGAAAAAGGGAGACUUUGUGAGUGUAUUUGGAAAGUAAGUCAGAGUCAGUUUCAAAGGAAUUCAAAUGUGACCAUUCAACCCUUUUGAGCCUUGAAAACAGUUCAAUACUGCAGCACACAAACGGUUUGGGCGAGGGUAUUAUUACCUCAAUGUCACACUGUAGUAAAGGCGAAAAAUUAAAAAAAAAAUCAGUCAGUUCAGCCAAUAAACUGUUUCUGUUAAAAACAACAAUUGUAGAUCAACACAAACAGGAUUUGUUUUUGUUUUUUACUGUAACGCCUGCACAAAUCACUUCACCAUUUUCACGUGCCCCCUCUCUAUUAUGCACUGCACCAAAUUAUGCACGAAGAUAGACAUUUACAACAAUCAAAAUAGGAAAAAGUAUAAUGUAAAAACCUGCAACAUGUUUUUGUUUUCUUUGGUCGUCAACAAGUUUCACUGAAAGUGGAGAAUUUUCUGUACGAGCCAUGUGAUCACUGUCACGCAAUGAUGACACAAAUGAACCGCAGAGCAAAAUGUAAAUACUCCUCACUAAACAAACUCAGGUUUCUACAAAUCAAAGAGGAUGCAUUCUGUAAACGCCACGAGGGCGUGGUUAUAAAGCACACACACAAAACGCAGGAUGGCGCUGCAGUUUCUAAAUAAUGAGAAGAAGAGGAAGAAGAUUUUUUUUUCUUUCAAAACCAAAGUCUUGGUCUGAUGUUGGGACAAUUUGUCUUCAGGUGGUUUUUGUUAUGAAAUCCAACUCUUUAAUCAUGAUGUGUUGAUGAGCCUGCAGACAGUUAACUGAACCCUUUAGAUCCUUGUCAUAAGUUGAUGUGAUGUCUGAUGGGUAAAACUAUUAAGUUAGUUCACCCAAACAACUAGAAAGACAAACUACUGGGAGUACUACUACUGGAAGAAGUACAGCAAACAAGACUUACACUUGAUCUGGCACAAGAUUUAAAUUGCAAUUUAAGACUAGCACACACUCCCCCUAGUGCCGGGGUUUAAUAUGCAACUUGGAAAAGUGUCUUAGCCUGUGAUGCAAAUUAAAAUUAUUGAUGAUUUCCAGAUCAGGUGACUAAUUACAGCACAAACCUCCACUGGGCUGCACAACAACCAUUCACUAUCUGUAAAAUCAUAGCCAUUUAAUUGACAAGAUCUGCCUGUGAUGCAAAGAAACCACUAAAUGAAAAAGGUGCCAAAUUGACUGCAUAUAAAAGUCAUAGAGAGGACACGGCAUCUAUUCUGUGAUUCGAUGACCAGGAUCAUCAUCAUCUUCUUCCUCUUCUUCAACCUACAGCGUUCAUUAAGGUGAAUCGUGGGAGACUUUUUUUCGUCGCUGCUCUUAGACGAAAUGUUUGUGUUUGUGGAUUUGCAUAUGAAAUAAAUAUAUAUAUAAGUUGAUCUGGGAUAAAGGAAUGUAAAAGGAACGAUAAAACUUUUUUUUCCUGUAACUGUAAAAAGGUGAACAGCUUUUUCUCUCUUCUUCCUCUUCUCGGUUUCCUGCUCCUGUCACAGAUGCAGUCAGUCCUGCUGCUGCUCCAACUCUCUGUUUUUGUAUCUGCACUGAGAGUUGGACUUUAUACAAAAAAAAAAAACAAUAAAAUGGAUGAAAAACCACACAAA